AUGGACGUGUCAGGGCUGAAGCGGCCUCAUCCCGCGGAAGAAGACAAUAAUACAAAGAAAAGAUCUCGUUCCAACAAUGGCUCUCCUUUACCUGCCCAAGGGGCGCCUGCCACAGGUAAGGUUGAUAUUGAAAAGAUGGUGGCCGAAGCGAGAGCAAAAGCAGAAGCUGUGCGCGCUAGAUUGCAGGCUGCGAGAGGAGGAUCUUCGACCCUUACACCCACCUCUUCAAGCCCAACUCCUACCCCGCCCGCUGCUAGUCCAGCAAUGUCUAGAUUAGAACAGAUGAAAGCUCGAGUGGCAGCAGCUACCGGAAGAGCCAACACGGCAGUGCAGGAACGAUCCUCGGCACCAAUACCGACCCCUCAGCCGCCGCCAUUUGAUGAUGAUGAUGGUUCGUCACGAGCUCGAGGUGGUUUGGAUGUGGGCCUGCAUCCAGCUCUACUUUCGGACACGGUUGAUUUUCGCGGGGGUAAGGGUCGGCAGUCAGCACAAUCGAAACGUCGAACAGAGUCUCCUAUGGCUGGUGGAAGGCAAGAUCGCGCGGGUCUUGAUCUCUCUGGGCCUUCUCUGGAAGAAAUCAAGAGUAACCCUUACUACGAUCCAAAUCUGGGCCCGAAAGCAACUGUUGCAAGGCCCCGACAUUCGCGCCAGUUGCUGUUCAACCAAAAGGGGAAGUAUAUACAGCAGGCGGCUGCUUUGCGUCGGCAAGCUCAAUUGGAAGCCAUGAAGAAGCGAAUUGCAGAACGAGCACGACAGGCUGGUCUGGAUGAAGACUUGGAUGUUGAAAAGGCUUUCCUUGUCCCCGCCCCACCAGCGAUUGAAUGGUGGGAUGAAGGUUUGGUCAAUGGAGAGGACUAUUCGGCCAUUGAAGACGAAGGCAACCUCAAGAUUGACACCCCCGACUCUAUAGUAACUCUCUACGUCCAGCAUCCUGUUCUCCUUGAUCCCCCUCAGGACAAACAUAUGCCAGAACAGAAGCCCAUGUAUCUCACGCCUAAAGAGCAAGCCAAGAUUCGUCGCCAGCGGCGAAUGGCUGAUCUCAAAGAAAAACAGGCCAAAAUCCGCCUGGGACUUGAGCCAGCACCUCCACCUAAAGUCAAGAAGUCUAAUCUCAUGCGCGUUCUUGGUGAACAAGCAGUCAAAGAUCCAACCGCCGUUGAAGCACGCGUGACCCGAGAAAUUGCAGAGCGCCGUGCUAAUCACGAAGCAGACAAUGAAGAACGUAAACUGACCAAGGAGGAACGCCGGGAAAAGCUUGCUAGGCAACAGGAGAAGGAUGCCGAAAGGGGGAUCAUCAUGUCCGUAUAUAAGAUUGACUGUCUUGCCAAUGGGCGGAACCGUUUCAAGAUCAGCAAGAACGCAGAGCAGAACGCUUUGACUGGUGUCUGUGUCAUGCAUCCUCGAUUCAAUGUCGUGAUUGUUGAGGGGGGCUCCCACUCGAUCAACAACUACAGAAAGCUCAUGCUGAACCGGAUCGAUUGGACAGAAAAUGCGGGACCGAACGUCGUACGUGAGGGUAACCGCGAAGCUCAAGUGUCUUGGCUGGCUGCUGAAGAUGAGCAUACAGGCGACCUAAAAGAUCUCAGUGCCAACACUUGUAAUCUUUUGUGGGAAGGCCAAGUCAAGGCUCGAGCUUUCCGCAAAUGGCUGGGCGCUCGAGUCUGUGAGACCGACUCCCAAGCGAAGGAUACAUUAGCCCGAGCAAAGUUGGAGAAUUUCUGGACUCUCGCAAAGAGCACGAAGCAAACCGAGCCAUAA